CACGCGUCGGUACCACAGCCAGCUCCCACCCUUCUUUCCGGUUCCAUCUCGAUCCGGUGCGCGCUCGCUCGCUCGUUCGCUCCGACUUGUGUUGACAUUCUUCAAGCCUCUAGGCCCGUCACAUUUUGUUUAUUUACUUCGCAGUGAGACAUGGAGUCUGCUCCAGUGAACGGCGCCAACGGGUUCCGGGGACGGGGGGGCCCGCGCGGCAGUGGCGGCGGCAGGGGCGGCUUCAGAGGCAGGGGCGCUGGAGGCAGUCCCUUCAGGGGCCGAGGCGGUGCCCGAGGCGGCCCGCACCAAGGACAAGGGAGGCCCUUCCGUGGACAAAGCGGUCCCUUCAGGGGCGGCAGGGCUUCAUUCAGGGGUGGCGACAAAGGACAAGCUCCGUUCAGGGGUGGCGGAAGAGGGCGGGGUGCUUCCAGCACCAAGAUUCAUCCUCAAGUUCAGUUUGUGGAGCCAUACAUUCGUAAAGGACUAGAUUCCCAGUAUAACAACUUCCGGUGUUUAUUUGAAAUAACAAAUCUGCCAACAAUUUCAAUUCAAGAUUUCAAUGCACUACGCGCCUUCAUAGUGGAAAAUACCAAAGUUUCGGUCAAGAGAAUUCUUUACAAAUUGCCAUCUGAUACGUCUAGAUCAGUGACCGCUGUUUGUGAAACAGAGACUCCGAAGAAUAUAUCUCAGGUGGCAGACAAGCUGCAUGGACUAGUUUUCCGAGACCGUCACUUGCUUAUUAACAGAAGUUUUGCUUACCCUGGCCAUCUUGAGAAUUGUGUUAGAGUUUUCACCCAGAAGCCAGUAGCAACAGAAGUAACAGAGGAAACAUUGUACUCUUUGUUUGAGUCUUGUGGAAACCUUCAAGUUAUUCGUUUAAUCAAUUGCAAACCUGACGCUGCUUUGGAGGCACUUAUUACCUUUGGAGACUCUGACUCUGUGCUUAAAGCUUUAAAAUUGAAUCCGAAGGUUGGCAAGACCAAAGCUAAUGUUGUGAGUUUGGGUCAGCUCUUUGCAACAGUCUCUCCAAUUGCUGCAGUUGACAAAGUACUGAAAGAUUUCAAAACAAACUAUGUCGAUAAACAACCCAACUUAGCAUAUGUGUACUUUUCAGAUGAAGAAAGUUAUUCCAAAGCCCUGGAACUAAAUGGAACAGCUUAUGAUGGUCUUCACCAAGUUGUGAUCCAACCAGAGCUUUCAGUGUUUAUUGCAGACCCGAAUUUCAGAUUGAAGCCCGAACAAUUGAAGGCAGUUUUUGGUUCUUCUAAAAUUGUUGCCCAUCCAAUCAGAAAUGAUGUUCAUGUUAUUAAGUUUAGGUCUAAAACUGACCUUGAUAAUGCCCUCAAAGCCUCCCCAGUUUUAAUAAAUAACAAUUCAUAUACUGUAGUUGACUCAGUUUCCAAGAUUCCAAUAACUGAGGUCAAGAGCAAUGAUGAGGAGGAAGAGUCAGAUGAAGAAGUAGACGAGGAAGAGGCGGAGGACGAGAGUGGUGAGGAGGAAGAGGAAGAUGUAGAUGCUGAGGAGGAAGAGGGAGAUUCUGAGGAAGGGGAUGAAGACGAUGAGGGCGAGGAUGAAGAUGAUGAGGAGGAUGAAGAGGAAGAAGAGAGCUCAGAGGAGGAAGCUACUCCUGCUCCAAAAGCACCCAGCCCCAAGAAAGGACAACAGCCACCAGCUAAGACAGCUCCCAAAAGAAAAUGGAAUGACAAAGUCCAGAAAGGGGGAAAGAAACAAAAAGCUUAGAUAGUUUUUAAUCUUAUGUUAAGUAUCAUUACUGUUAAAGUUUCUACUGGCAUCUCUGCCAGCCCUGUUACCCACUUGUUCGUUGACGCUUACCAAGAAACUUGGUAGUUGUUUUAGACCAUGUAUUCCUAACUUGAAGAAGAAUUUGUAAACAAUGGAAUAAAAAUUCUCUGCCUUAA